ACCGAAACUGCCAAAUCAAUUUUCACGAGAAAUUUCAACAUCCCUCUCCUCCGCACUCAGCCAACUUUUUGCGUGAACGUCGAACCAUCCAACGACUAACCUUCCUUAAACCGACAACGAAAAAGUCAAAUUCAAUACCGCAAAGAUGACUGGAGGAGUCUCUGUUCGCGACGUUGAUGCGCAAAAGUUCAUCAACGCGUAUGCCGGCUUCUUGAAGCGACAGGGCAAGCUGCCCAUCCCUGGUUGGGUCGAUACCGUCAAGACUGGUGCCUCGCGAGAGCUUCCCCCCCAGAACAUCGACUGGUUCUACGUUCGUGCCGCCAGCGUUGCCCGACACGUCUACCUCCGCAAGACCGUCGGUGUCGGUCGCCUACGCAAGGUCCACGGUAACGCCAAGAACCGUGGUACCCGCCCCUCCAAGCACGUCGAUGCCUCCGGCAGCGUCGACCGCAAGAUCCUCCAGGCUCUUGAGAAGAUUGGUGUCCUAGAGCAGGAUGAGGAGCAAGGUGGCCGACGCAUCACCCAAUCCGGCCAGCGAGAUCUUGACCGAAUCGCCCAGACUACCGCUGAGGCUGAGGAGGAAGACGAAGACGACGAGUAAAUAUGAUACCAUGCAGAAAUGAUUCCACUACUACUACGGAUUAGGUAGCAUAGGUCUCUGGGAACGGCGUCUGAAAAUGGCUGAAUGAAUUGAUUGGCGAAUUUUGCAUUCGCAUUUCCCCAUGGCAGAUCAAAUCUUCCAAACUAA